AUGUACACAGGGUUUCACCAAAACUCUAAGUUGGUGCUUGGUAUUAACAGUUCAUUUGUUGCUUUGAUUCCAAAAAAUGAUAAUCCUUCUUGUCUUAGUGACUUUAGGCCUAUUAGUCUCAUAGGUUCACUAUACAAAGUGCUUACAAAAGUAUUAUCUAGUAGGAUUAAACCAGUAUUGCCAAUGAUUAUUAGUGAAUCUCAAUCAACUUUCAUAAGGGGAAGAAACAUUUUGGAUGGAGUGCUGGUUGCUAAUGAAAUUGUUAAUGAUUGGAAGAAGAAACAAAAGCAAGGCAUUGUUUUAAAACUUGAUUUUGAGAAACCAUACGAUUCAAUGAAUUAG